AUGGAUCCAGAUGGUCUAGAAGAUGCGCUGGACUUGUCUAAAGACAGGUCACAGAAUCAGGGCGUGUAUAUCUACCAACCUGCGAAGCCUGAGAAAGCUAGUGAACGACCCUCGAAACGCCGAAAGGUCUCGUCUACCAAUAAUAGAGAACUGAAUUCAGACUCAAAGACAUUCGUUUCUCUACUGAAUGGAGAGGAGAGCGUAGAGUGUGUGCAGCUGCGAUAUGACACCUAUAAACAGCUGUGGUCGGAACAGGAACGCAAGAUACAGGCUAUCCUCGAAGACGUCGAUGCUGGUGUUCUUAAGAACGUGCUAUCUUUUGUGAGGGAGACAUCACCUGAAACAUCGAAUGGAUGCAUGCCUACUGCUUUGGUCACCGUUGGCUCGAAUGUCUCGUCACUAACUAGAUUACUCUCACGUCUUAAUGAUCAAUUGACGGCAACCGGGGAGGGUGGUGUCGUUGUGUUAGAGUCUGGUGAUGCACCGAAUAUGAAAACGUCGUUAAAGAAUAUUAUUCGAGCAGCGGUCACGAAUACUGAAGGCAAUGAUGGGUACCAGAAGUUCCUCACAGAUCGCACCGGACCACGCAUGUUGGGAUACGAUCUGGACCUACUCAAUGAUUAUGUCCAGAGAAAAGGGACUAGAAAGCUAGUCAUCGCUUUGCGAGACAGUGAAGCCUUCGAUCCUGGUCUUUUGACAGAUCUCAUCUCCCUAUUCAAAUCUUGGCUUGAUCGCAUACCUUUUGUUAUACUUUUGGGAAUCUCAACUUCAGUCGAGCUAUUCGAAGGUCGACUCCCUCGCUCAUGCGUUGCUUUGCUCCAAGGGAAGCAUUUUGAGGUCCAUGAAGCGGGUAAUUGUGUAGAUCGUAUUUACGAGACCCUGCAGACCCAUUCAAAUGAGAAGCUAUGGAUCGGCCGCAAUAUCACUGGUACACUCAUUGAAAAAACUACAGACUAUUUCCAGACUCCGGAAGCAUUCAGUCGCAUGGUCAAGUAUGCAUAUAUGUCCCAUUUCUUUGCCAAUCCCUUGGCCAUUCUUCUGGGAGGAUCAAUUCCGUCCUCACUACCGCAAAGUCUCUUUUGCGAGGCAAUCAGAAACCUUCCGUCUUUCCGAAUGUUUUGUGAAGAUCUAAUCGAGGCCGGCUCGCCUGACGCAGCUCGAGGUUUGUUGGAAAAUGACGAACAUUUGCUGCAGCAAGCUCUCAGCCAUGUUGAAGCAGGCCAGCAAACCAUGCAUGAGGUCUUCCGCGCUGUUCUCCUUAUCUACAAAUGUCUCCAACACACACAAGGUGUGAAGAAGGCAAGUGUAGCAGAUCUCUCUGUCCGCGCCCUAGCAGGAGAGCUGAAUGACUCGCCACUUUUGGAGGAUAUGCUGGCCACGGUGCGCACUCUGGACUCUGAGAAAUUGCAAGAAGUGCUUGCCACCCUACCUGAGAAUAUGUCCGAUCAUGCAGCUCUCAGUACCAUUCAAGCAGAUCUCAAAACUAUGCUGGAAAGUCACCCAGACUCGGGACCACUGCGCAGUGAAUACAACAUCAACAGCUCUGUGGCGAAGACGACCGUCGUUCAACAACGCAUUCUUCUCAGCAAAGGCAAGGUUAACUUGUCAAAACAAGACACUGAAUAUACCAAAAUCAUUGACCGCUUGGUCGGUGCGCUACAUGAGUAUUUCGCCGAAACGCUGAUUCCUCCGCAGGAUCUUUUCAUGCAUGAGGCUUUCCUAUUUGAUCUACGCAGCCCUCUGAAAGAAACAUUUACGCCAAGGCCGCGCUUUGUCUUAGAGCGUGCUCUUGCCAGUCCCUUCGACUAUCUGAUCUCUUCGUCGGAGGCCACCAUGGAGACUAGAAUAUCCUCUAAGCAGCCGGCUACCGCCAUACUAUACCAGCUCUAUCUUGAAUCAGGAGCGUUGGUUAAUGUUCAUGACCUGUGGCAAGCAUUCCACGGAGUCUUUGAGAGUGAUCACAAUAAUUUCAACGACCGUGUUGUUAUGUCUUUAUUCUAUACUGCUUUGUCUGAACUCAAGUCGUUUGGCAUGAUUAAAAACAGUCGAAAGAAGACUGAUCACCUAGCGAAGUCAUCAUGGAUGGGGCUGUAG